AGGCUGGAGCACACGUCUAACUCGCUUGCAGUCGGCGAUCGCGGCCGCGGUUCGCUCAGUUUUGUCAGUCGUUCAGUCAGUCAGUGGUGCAGCGGAUAUCCAGCAUGAGGCCCCUUCUGUGAGCCCGUGCCGCCGACAGCCCGUUCUUUUGACUUUUUCAUAUUUUGUGUUGUUCGCAAAUCGCGGUGAGACAGCAGAAUGGCAGCCGUGACGAACGGCAUCGGUUUCGGCGCCGAGGUGACCGCCCUGCUGAUGGACUCGCGCACCCUGCGCCCUUUCAAGAGCAGCGAGGAGUACCUCUACGCCAUGAGGGAGGACUUGGCCGAGUGGCUCUGCGGCAUUUACCCUCAGCUGCAGAUCACGGUUGACACCUUCAUGGACAAACUCGAGGAUGGUGUUGCCCUUUGCAAGCACGCCAACAACGUGCGAAAAGCAGCGGCCGAGCACGCGCAGCGCAAAAUGGAGCGCUCCAUCAGCAAGGGCAACCCUUUCGAGGUGCGCUGGCCCAUCCUGUCGCCUAAGGACGUGCAAUGCCGCAACAACGUGAAGCCGGGCACCUUCCUCGCCAGGGACAAUGUCAGCAACUUCAUCACCUGGUGCAGACACGAUCUUGAAGUGCUCGAGUGUCUGCUCUUCGAGACGGACGAUCUAAUCCUCAGGAAGAACGAGAAGCACGUCGUCCUCUGCCUCAUGGAGGUGGCCCGUCGAGGAGCCAAAUUUGGCAUGCCAACACCGAUGUUGGUGCAGUUUGAGCGAGAAAUAGAUCGCGAAAUCGCUCGCGACCAGAAGCGCGAAAGGGCCGGGUCCACCAGUGACGGCGGCAAUUUGCUCAAUGGGGCGACAAACGGCAACAGCAAUGGCAUCGACUUGGAGGAGGAGGAAGAGGAAGAGGAGGAAGACUACCCCGUUGAGUACGGACCAGUUCCGCAAAUUGUUACCAACGAUUUGAAGAGUCUCGACGAAAUGGUACGUGAUUUGGUGGAGAGAUGUACCUGUCCCACACAGUUCCCCAUGAUCAGGGUCUCCGAGGGCAAGUACCGCAUCGGUGACACCAAAGUACUCAUCUUCGUCAGGAUUUUACGCAAGCACGUAAUGGUGCGCGUGGGUGGCGGCUGGGACACACUUUCUCAUUACCUCGACAAACACGAUCCGUGCAGGUGCAAGGCAGGCCACCGCACCCUGGUCGCGUCUCGUCUGGUCACCAAAUCCGGCAACAAUGUGGAUCUGAACACGGCUCAGGUGCAUUACGACCGAAAGCCAUCAAACACUAAAAAGUCUUUGGGGAACUCCCUCCGUAGGGUGCACACGUCUCCGCCUCGCACGCGCCGCUCGAGCACCUCCAGCCAGGGCAGCACGCCAGACCCCACCCUGCUGCGGCCGUCGGCCUCCGUUCCCGCAUCCCCCGCCCGCGUCCGACCCCGCAGCCGCUCACCAAGGCCCCGCUCACCCCGACCCCAGCAGAGCAACGCCAUCAACUCGGACUCGGAGGGCAGCGACGAGGGCUACCGCAGCAUCAAGCUCACCGUGCCGACCGACGACCUGCCCACAGAACGGCCUGAGUCGGCGAUUUCGCAGCGUUCGAACGGCUCGGACUGCUCCGAGCACCACCUGUCGCCGCCGUCCCGCACGCGUCGCAGCGCUAGCCCGUGCCCGCGCAAGGCGGCGUCGUCGUUGGCGCCGAGCAAGCAGCAGGAGACUACGCGGAGCCGAUCGGUGUCUGGCUCAGGCUUAGCCGACGCCAAAAUCAACUCGGCGCCAGCGUCGCCGCUUUCCCGCACGGCCGCCGUCAACCGCAGCGUGCGCAACUCGCGCAAGCAGCCGCUCCCGGGGGCGGCAGGCAACACGUGGAACGGCCCCCGCGGCACCAAAUCGCGGCCGGCGCUGUCGACGGAAACGUUCCAGUCGCCGUUCGUGCGCGACUCCACCCGGCGCAGCCUGGGGUCCGUCGCGCGACAGGCUGCCCCCACGCCCGCCUCCCCGGCGAAUCAGGGGCUGCUAAUCGAGCAGAUCAUCGCGUCGUCGGCCGCCGACGACGGCUCCUUCAUCGAGAGUUUGCGCCAGAUCGUCAACCAGUACGAUUCCAAGCUGGGGGCGCACGCCACCCCCCGCAAGAUGUCCGGCGACUCCAAGAUCCCUGUGCCCACCUUCUACAAGCAGACCGCCAAUGCAAAGUCAGGCAACCCGCCCGACGUCGACGACAACUCGUGCUGCCUCUGAUUUCCUCCCAAUAGACACUUUUGACAUGUGCUCCGUUGUUAGUGACUUAGUCUGUAUUAAUUCUGCCUUUUCUAACAGAGCACAGCUGCCAAAACACUGCAGGCUCUCUCUCUCUCUCUGAUCCAAUUUUUUUUCAUUCCAGGGAUGUGCAAAAUCACAAUCAACUCUUCUCUUUGGCUGAUAAAAUGAAAUGCGUUGAAUAACCAAAUUAAUUUUCAAAUCAAUGAAAACAGUGACAAUUGUUAAGGUAGAUCCGGGAAAAUCAGGACGCUAUAUGUUUCAGUUUUUGGCCAAAUUGUCACCGUGUUCUAUUUAACGAGUUUAGAAAUAUCACUAGAGGUAAUUUUUCGAUUUUAUGGUCUUUGCAAGCUCGAAAAAAAUGAUGUUACUUUUUUAUUUUUCCGGAAAAUUCCUACGGAAAACCCAAAAUUUUUCUAAAUUGGGCCAAAAAAAAUAUUUUUAAAUCGAUUUUGAGAUUUUUCCUCAUUUUUUCAAAGUUUGUAAAUCUAUAAAUCGCUUAUAUCAUCAAGUAACAAAAUUUGCAUAAAAAAUAAAAACGCAGCAUCCCUAGAGUUCCCUGUUCAGGACACUUUUGUGUAGAUGGGUUCUAAACUAAAUAAAAAACGAUGGUUAAAUCGUUAUCCAUUAAAUAAUUUGAGAUUUUUUUAAUUCUCAAAUAUAUUCAUUUUCAUUAUUUUAAAUAGUCACCCUCCCUAAACAAUUAUUUUGAAUUAAAAUCAAUUUUCCCUUGCACAUCCCUGCAAAUCAAACGAGAGAGCUGGUUGUCGAAUUUGCGAAUUUGUGCAUAAAUCGACGCUGGGCGGACGGAUUUGAAAUUACAUAUGGCAUAAAUAUUUAUCUAAAAUUAGAUAUCGGUUUGAGCCUUGAGAUAUUAAGAAAUUUUCUAAAUAAAAAAAUGUAAUUAGCGCCCGCCUUCAAAAAAUGUAUUUUCCUCGACAUGAGCACGCAAUAUACGCGCUUUGUUGAUAAUCACGCCGAGCGUAAUUAGCUAAUUUGCUGAGACAGCCCUGGGCUUCGCGCCCAGCCUUAAUUAACUGACCUUUACGAAAGUCCAACUAAUGCAGGUUUAUUUAACGUUGAUUUCUGCUGAAAGGUGUGCCUCACAAUUUUUUACACACGCCUUGCAUAGAAUUUUAGCCUUUCCUGGGUCCUAGACCGCAAGUUGUUGAUUGGCCUACUUGGGAGAGAGUUUUACACAACGUUUUUUUAUGCGAAGACACAAAUUUUAAGUCUGGUUGUACUGUAGUUAUAGAAUUAAUGACUGCAUUGCAGCAAAGAGAGGUAAAAUAGACAUUUUUGCUUGGCGUCAUUUUUCCUAUAGGAGCCUUGCCUUGUUAAUUUGAUAACUCUCACGCGCCAGAGAAUUGACAGGAAUUGAUCACAUGUGAUAAACGUUUUGAUAUUCAGAGGCCCACCCGGAAUAUUUUUCGAGACACACCUGUGUAGUUGAGAUCGAAGUUGCUGUUGUUGUGUAUUAACAGAAUUAACAACAUCGCGGUUUGAAAAAUGGUGCUCAAUGAUUAAAAGUGAAUAUUUUUGUAGCUCCCUUAUUUAUUUUAGAGGAUCAUUCCCGGCGCGCUUGGGUGCGCCAAGAAUUGUAUCAUAUUUUUUACGAUUAAUAAAACGCCAUAUUUGUGAGUGAAUGUGUGUGAUCAAUAGGGUUUGGAAUUUUAAACAGUUUAUUCUUUCAAAAAGACGGUUUUGAGCUGCAUUUAGAUGGUUUUGAAUUAUUAUUUUUACCAAAAUAUCACGUUUUAACAAUCGUUUCAGUGGUGAAUUUGAAUUAUUUUUUACUCAAAUUCAUCACAAUCAACUGAUUUCAAUGCUCAUCAGGGUAACAAAUUCUGAUUUAAACAAUCGAUCAUGCAACGAGACAAUUGAAAUUAUAUUUUCUCAAAUUUCAUUUUUAAAAACAAUAGCAAUGGUCCUAAAAUAAUGUAGCUUUUAUCUAUCUCUAGCAACAACGGGUUUCAAACAUUUAAUUUAUUUUAAUAUUAACUAGUUUCACAGCAAUUUUACACUGUUUUUACACGUUCUUUAAACGGUUUAAGUGAAGCUCUAAAGCCUCGUGAUUCAUGCAAAAUGAAAUCAGAAACCUGGAAAUCAAUUAAUCGUUUGAAAUUCCCAACCCUAGUCAACUAUAUAAUGUAUACUAGUAUAGUGGUACACGUGAAAAAUGUAACAUACACGCAUACUCGCCGCGUAAAAUUAUUAAUCACUAAGCUGCAGGACGGUGACUUGUAAAUAUUAAUCACACAAUAAAGAAAAACCCGAGAGAGACUUAACCAAGCAACUAAA